UAGUGCCGGGUAUGGCUAGUACCAGUCUAACAUGUGGCUUGAAGCAGGCCUAAUCCUAGGCCUUGUCGGCCUUCACACCUCUAGAGCAGAUGAAGACGACAGUAUAACUGAACAGCUGAUGCAUCAGCUGUUUGGGAACAGUAUUCGCCAGUCAUUUCCAGAGUCGACAUGCCAGAUUGAAUACAUGGACAUUGUUGGCGGAGAUAUUAACGAUGGACGUUUAUCCGGUCAGCAAGCGAAGUCUCCCCGCCACUGUCAGAAGCGUUGUCAAGAUGUUCUUGGUUGCAGUUUCUUCUCCUGGGAUCGGUUUACUGGUGGUUGCUGGUUAAAGCGUGCUGAUGGCCUCCGAAUCCCGCAUCCCAAGAUGAUCAUCGGUCCUAAGUUCUGCACUGGAACAAUGACAUCCAAUCCCCACACACCCCAACCCAAGGAACCAUGUGCUUUAACUACUACAGCUCAGCCUUGCGACUUCGCUGCUCCCUAUCAGACCAUGUCAGGACAGUGUAACAGCAUUACAAACCCUCUUUGGGGAGCAGCGCAUACUCCGUUCUCCCGGCUAGCAGCUUCACAAUACGGUCCUGAUAAUCAACCACGUGGCACAGGUACAGUUUAA